AUGUUCGACUCGGUCGAACUCGCCGCCCGCGCGUACGACGUCAUGGUGUGGCGCUACGAUGGUGCCACCGUGCCACGGAACUUCUUCGACGUCGACAACCUCGCGGCGGCCGAGUUCGUGGCACCGCCGUUCAGUGUUGUUACCCGGGCCGAGGAGCGCGCCGUCCGCCGGGAAUACAUGCGGAUGUCCAUCCGGAACCGCGAUGAGGCGGAGAUGGCCGCCUUCCGUUCGGCGCAUCCGCAGCACGUCGCAGAGGAGCUCGAGUUCUACGCGCAACUGGCGGUGCAGCGAGCUGCAGUGGCCGCCUCUCGUCCGUCUUCAUCCUCGGUGCUGCCUCCCACUAUCGUAGUUGAUGAUAGCUCUGACGACGACGAUCCCGAUUGGAUCGAUAAGCUGGUCGCGGAGAUGGAGGCGGAGGAAGCCGCCUAG